AAAAAACGCCCACGACCUCACUACCCCCGCCCCGGCGGCUAUAUUUGGCAAUUAAACCGAUAAAGCGGAGCCUGAACUUUGGUGCUAAUUCGUAUUCGUCCUGCGUUUUCGUUCCUGCCCGUGAAGUCGAAACGUUUUGCUUUCUGCAGUCGACCGCAGCGCUUUCCGUUUCAAAUUAACACAGGAUCAGGCUACCCUACUUGUGUUUGUCAGUACCCCUGGCUUCACAAUACCCAUGAGCAACAUUCAGAAAUCUACGACUUCGUCUUGACGCUACUAACUUCCUAGUCUUUUUGUUCCCAUUCAAUUAUCUGAUCAUUCACUCGAUCUAAAUUUGUUUCGACCCUACUAGCUUCUGACGUCAACAUGGCUCCCGCCUCCGAGCAAAAGGAGGCCCACAUGUUGGGUCAGUACGUGCGGACGCGCAUGGGAGAUUUGAUCCAGCUCGUGGAGAAAAUGCCCCUGGCCAGCCGACAGGACAUCGCGGACUUUGCCACGCAGCGCCUCGUGGCGGACAUGGAGCGCCAGAAGACCGAGCGGCUGGCGAAGAAGAAAAAGAACGGCACGAAAUCCCCCGGCGGAAACGGGGACCAACAAGGCGGCGGCGACACCACCGCGCAAACUUCCGGCACAGCAACACCCGCCAAGGUGGACGAGGACGGUCCGCCAAGGACAGGCCCGUCGGUGGAACCCGGGCAAGUCGUGGAGAAGCCGAUCGACAUAGACCAAGACAACAAUCUGACCGUUGAGUCCUCUGAGUGGGGGCGGAGUCUGCUCGUGGCGUACCGGAAGGCAGCGAAGGAGCUCAUGGUCGGGAAAAGAGAGAAGGAAGGUUUGACUUUAGGCAGCCGAUGGCAGGGCAUCGAGGCGGUCGUGUCUCCCCAUAAAACCGUCGCGCACGCGAACAAGCACUUGCACCCGUCUUUCGUUUUGAAGAACGAAGUCGAAAGCAGCGACAGCAGUGAAUUGGAGGAAAAAGAGGACCAGCCGGUGCAAACGCCUCCGGCAGCAACAGCGGGCGGCGGUUUGUUCGGUUUACUGGGCGGUCGCGCACCGCCACCCCCGCCCAGUCCGCCACCCCCGAACCCGGCCAGUGUGAACGAGGCCAACGAGAGGGUUAACUCCGUCGGCGGACCGAGUACGGCGAAACCGCCCCCCAUGGAUGUGCAGAAAAACGGCACGAGAAAGCCGAAAAAGACAACGGGCGCCGAGGAAAACCACCCGGGGACCAAUACCGUCACGAAACUCGCUUUGAUCGCGAAUUUCCGUUUGCGAAAGCCACUGCAGGUGAAGGGCAAUCUCGGCAGCGCGCUUUCCCGGUGGAAGAUCACAAUGCUGGCGAGUCAGCAACUCCGGUCCGUGUCCGAGUACGGGUGGACAUGGAAAAAGAUGCUUUUGCUGUACCCAAGAGAAGAUCUGAACUGGCUCUCCGAUCAGUUCAUGAUGUACUUUUUGCUCAGAACCGGUGUGGUUUCCACCAUAGUUACUACAAACGCGAACGGAACAGCGCCCGCUCAGCCUCCGCCGCCAACCCCGCAACCCACACCCCAACCGAAAGGGAUGAAGGGGAAGGGUAAGCAAGGGAGUAUGUCUAUGCAGCGGAUGAACAGCGCGUCGGCUGUCGACAGUCAGAAGGACGAGCUGGAAAAUCUCCUAUCCGCCCCGAACUGGACCGGCUUCGGCUGGGUGCCAAUAGAACACCUGCAGAAACUGAUCGUGCAGUACUUAUGGAUGUGUCAGAGUUGAAAUCGACAAAGUUGAAAUAAUUUGUCAUGCAUAAAAUGGAUGCCAGUUGGAACCCAGUUUCUAAGUGGCGCAUGACAAAUUUCGGUGGUCCCUAAAUCCAGUUUGUCAUGCUGUUUAGGCAAAAAAGAGUGAUUUUCUCAUGCUACUUCAGCAGCUCGAGCUGUAACCCCAAACAGGCUUACAAUCGGCCUCACUGGCCUGCUCUGCAACACACGUGCCUCGGGUCAUGCAUUUUAUGCAUUACAGAUUAUUUCAACUUUGACGAUUUCAAACCUGACGCUUCCAUAGUGCUUGCGAAUCCGGUAUCCAACCGUCCGCGAGCACAUCAGUGGCUUGAUCCACUUCAUUAUGAAAUGCAAAAAUGUCUGGGUCUGGAAACUUGUGAUGCAAGUCAGUCAAAAACAAAUGCGCUGUAAUGCGCCGCCAAGCAUGAUAAGUUGCUUCGUGCCUCUGUGACUGUGCUGCGUAUUCCGCAUGAGAAACUGCGUUUUUGCAUGACAGGCGCGGAGAAAGGCUGUUUGUGGCCACGCAAUAGAGAUUUAAGGGCCAUGCCAGAUCAGCAUGACAAAUCUCGCAAUCUUCCAGACCCAGACAUUUUUGCAUUUGAUACUCAUCCCGGCUCUCACCGGGGCUUUGUGCAAAACGAAGAACCUCCGGGAUGCGGAAACCGAGGUGCACUUUGAAGUAGCGGUGGUGAUUCUGGAAAUCACGCGGUUGUUGUGGAUGCGGGGGUUAGACAACGGCGGCUGGAAAAAGGAAGAAGUCGACUUGAUCCGCCCGGGCUUCAACAAAUUUGCCGGGAAAAACGCCCAGGGAAUGCGGUCGCAGAAGGUGUUUGAGCUGUUGGAAAAGCUCGGGAUGGACUUAACGCAAGACGAACAGCGUUCGUUGGUUGAGUUGGUUAAGGAAUGCGACCUGGAUCAAGACGGCUGCACUGAGUAUUGCGUUGUUGCUUGUUUUUCGACCUGUUCUGGUUUUAUAGGAAGCUUUGACUUGCUCUGUGAAUGCCAACGGAACAUACGUACCGAAUAAUGUCGUCUAAGUAUGCGUCUGAUUUUCUACUUUUGUCAAUGAGCAUCAAGUUGAAGCAAGACGAUGUCGUGAUCUUCAUCUUUCGAUUGUCCCAAAAACACUACAGCUGGGGCGAGUUUGUGCUGAUCCUCCGCCGUCUGCAAGAUGAAGACACGGGCAAGAAACUUCGCCACCGCUACGAGUUGGAAGAAACCCUUCCGGAUUUGCUCGUCGAGGAGGUCCGCGAGCAGAUGUACACGCUGUACGAGUCCGUCGUCGGCGAUACCAGGACGGUCAAUUACAAUUUCACCAGCUUGAAGCGUAUUCUCGAGGGCGCGAAAAUCUCCCAUUCCACCUGGGUGGAGUUAGAGCAGGCGCAAGUCGUCCCGGCAACGAUGGUCGGGUCGGACGCGGUGUGGCAUUUGCUGCACGAUUUGUACCACGGCCGGCGGAUAAGUCCCACGUUCCGCAACGCGUUGGAUAUCUGGUGUGAGAAGAUGGAGAGGAGAAGAGGCACGUACCCAGAUCUGAUCCAGUCAAACCCGUUCCUAAACAGUCGGUACACUUGGUGGCUGGAAGCGGCCACCGUGACCGAACAGCGGAUCCGAGGCAAAUAUCAAAACGACCAGUGGAUUAACAGCCGGAUCCAGCAGCAAGGCGGUAAUGCAGCUACGAGUGGUGGAGCGGCGAACGCAGCGGCGCCCGGAGGUGCUACUAGUCCGUCCACUGGUGCUGCUGGUGGUAGCGCUGCUCCCUCGGCACCUGCGGCUGCUUCAUGAUGGAGGAAAACUACUCAUUCGGUUCUUGAUCAAGUCCUCGAGCUUGCACCGGUAGUUGCGAGGACAUCGCUCUUUUUUUAGUAAUGUCCCUUGUCAGUACUUUCUCGUAAAGAAAUAGAAACACUAAAUUUGCGAUUAAAGUUAGUUCCCAUAUUCCUAAGAUUCCCAUACUCAUUCCCUUACGCUGUUUUCUCAUUCUCUGAAAUCCAGACAAGUAACACGAGUCUCCGUUACGUCCUUGAGUGCAUGUUGAGAAAUUGCCAUCAUCAACAUGAGACAAAAAGAAGCCUUGCCUUCGUAUGUCGAAAAGAAGUGUAUGAUUUCGUGCUCC